AUGAUUCACAUAUUUUCUAAAAAAGUUCUUUCCGUUGUUGCCAAACUGGUACAGUUGGGGGCAGAAUUAGAAGCAAGAGACACCCUUGGGAACACUCCUAUGCACUAUUCAGUAGUCUGUGGGUCGUUAGAAGUCUUGAAAUAUCUUCAUCAUGAAGGUUCUGUGGCCACCACCAACUUCAGACAACAACCUCUCAUGCAUUUCGUGUUGGAAAAACUUGAAAGAGCCGAUCUUAAUGCUCAAAAUAAUAAAGGUCAAACUGCCCUUCAUGUUGCUGUUAAAAAAUUGUUACGUUUGGUUUUAAAAUUGGUUUGCAAAGGAGCUGAUGUCAAUAUUAAUCCCAUCAGAGUGGUGUAA